ACAACACCUAUACCCAAUACCACCGCCCUCUUCUCCCCGCACCUUCGCCGGAGUUCUUCCCCUUUUUUCUAUAUUUAUGGACAAAGGGUGGGGUCUCACCCUCGAUUCUGAUCCAAUUUCUUUCUUCACCAACAAGUCGCCGCCGCAGUCUUCUGUCAACCACCCUUUCUUCGCCAUCAAGCGAGAAAUGUUUCAUCAGUUCCCUGUCAAUCUCGCCGGAUCCCGGGAUGACCCUCCCGCCGAUAGUACGACUUCCCUGCCCCCCGAUGGCAACCGGGUCUCCGAGGUUGACUUCUUCUCCGUUAACAAGAACAGGGUCGCCGUCGAUCGUGCUCACGACAAGGAUGAUAAAACCUCCUGCGCCGCUAUUAAUGUCAAGAAAGAGAAUUCCCAUGGUGACGCCGGUACAAGUUCCGAUUUCGAUCGUGUAAAUACUGGGUUGCAUCUUCGUACUACCAAUACCGGAAGUGAUCAAUCCACCGUGGACGACGGAGAAUCAUCGGAAAUGGAAGAGAAACGAGCUAAGAAUGAGCUAGCUCAAUUACAAGUAGAAUUGCUGCAAAUGAACGCAGAGAAUCAAAGGCUAAGAGAUCUGCUUACUCAAGUAAGCAACAAUUAUCAUUCUUUACAGAUGCAUUUCUUGACCUUAAUGCAACAGCAGCAGCAGAAUCAUGCCUCAGAAAUCACCCAAGAACACGAGGUUCUUGAUGGAAAAUCUGAAGAGAAGAAGCAUGGAGUGGUGGUUCCGAGGCAAUUUAUGGAUCUAGGACCGUCGGGGACGGCGGAGACAGACGAGGUAUCUCAUUCUUCUUCUGAAGAAAGAACGCGUUCUGGGUCACCUCCGAACAAUAUAGAGGUUGCAUCGUCCAAGGAUUAUGUUAGGAGCAGUGGUAAGAACGAGACUGUUGCGUUUGAUAAAGACACUUCCAGCAUCCGGGAUGGUAAGAGAAGAGAAGAAAGCCCUGAAGAAUCUGAAGGUUGGGGUCCGAACAAGGUUCAGAAGUUGAAUUCCGCCCCUAAAAAUGGUGUUGAUCAGUCUGCUGAGGCCACCAUGAGAAAGGCUCGUGUCUCAGUUCGAGCUCGAUCUGAAGCUCCCAUGAUUUCUGAUGGAUGUCAAUGGAGAAAAUAUGGACAAAAAAUGGCUAAAGGAAACCCAUGUCCACGAGCUUAUUAUCGUUGCACCAUGGCAGUUGGUUGUCCUGUUCGCAAACAAGUUCAGCGUUGUGCGGAGGACAAAUCGAUCUUAAUUACUACUUAUGAGGGAAAUCAUAAUCAUCCACUUCCACCUGCUGCAAUGGCAAUGGCAUCGACAACGACAGCUGCAGCUAGUAUGUUACUUUCAGGGUCAAUGUCUAGUGCAGAUGGGAUAAUGAACCCUAAUUUGUUAGCGAGAGCAAUCCUUCCUUGCUCCUCAAGCAUGGCAACGAUCUCAGCUUCUGCUCCAUUCCCAACUGUCACAUUAGACCUCACUAAUUCACCAAAUCCUUUACAAUUCCAAAGACCCCCAACCCAAUUCCAGGUCCCAUUUCCAGGGCAACCCCAAAACUUUGGCUCAGUCUCAGCCCCACAGUUGCCUCAGCCUUUCGGUCAAGCACUCUACAACCAGUCAAAAUUCUCAGGCUUACAAUUGUCUCAAGACAUGACUCCUUCCCAAUUAGCCCACCAAACUCCUCCUGUCCAACCUCACCAACCACAACCGCCUACCCUGGCUGACACAGUAAGCGCGGCCACCGCUGCCAUCACGGCGGACCCCAACUUCACCGCUGCCCUUGCAGCUGCCAUCUCCUCCCUCAUUGGCGGCUCUCACCCUAGUAGUAAUAGCAACAAAAACAACAGCAGCAGCAACGUCAACAAGCAAUAAGAUCAGCACUUCCUUUUUUCCUUUUCUUUAAUGUUCUUUCGUUUUUUUCUUAGAAGAGAUUCAGAUUACAUGUUCAUAUUUUUGUUAUGGGGAGGGUUAAUUAGAAAGAUUGAAAAAAAAAAGUGUUUCAUAUCUACUUGUUGUUUUAUUUUCCAAUAACUUCGUUUAAAUUUUAAGGCCAUAGUAUAUGCUAUCACGUUCACAAUCCAUUAUCGUUUCAAACCUUUGU